UACAUUUAUUCUGUAUUCAGUGACAUAUUGAUGUAGGAUCUAUUUAUGGUUUUUAUUCAGGUGCUGGCUGCAAAACCUGAAGUUGCACAUAAAUCACAGUGACAAUUCAGCUUUACAAUUGAGUAAAACUCAGACUUUCCCUCCUGUUCAUAACCUCCUCUAGUCACAAUUAAAGUGGACACAACCAUCACAGUCUUUAGGCCCAUUAUGUCACCUCUUCUGCCCAAAGUUGAGUCAAUUUUAACAUCAUUACAUUACACCUUAAACUGCUGUCAUUUAACGCGCAGACCAUCCGUAGUGAAGGGAAUAGGCUCAUCUUUCUCCGUUUACUGUAAAAUAAGAAAAUAUAUAUUAAAGUGGACAAGAAAUGUUCUAAACUGCCGAGCAUCAUCAUUAGAUGUUUACUGUAUCAGCUGAGCUGUGCCGUUUGCUUGGGUCAAAGUGAGAUAAGAUGUGAUGUUUCUUUGGUCCUCAUGAAAAACAUCUCCAGGCUUAUCCUUUUAAUCCGCUCUUAGCAGCUUUUACCCACAGAGCCUUAAUUCUCUCAUGAGGAUAUUGUAAGGGAUGGUAGUGACCAGCUCCAUCCAGAAGAGAGGAAAAAAGUUUGUUAAAAACAGCAAUAUUCAAAGAUUAGCUUAUACAGCUCCACCACAAAGUAGAUGCAGUAGAAGUAGAAAAUAAACAUAAAGAAAAACACUCACACACACACACUUCCACAAUUUCCCCUUAAGUCAGACUCCCAUGACAGAACAGCACAAUACCACAUGGUCUGGCUGAAUACAAUCGGCUGCAUUGACUGAAAUGCAGGUAAUCCAUCUUUCCUUGAUUUGCAGACAUGCACACAAAAGCCAUGUGCUGAUAGUAGCUCUAUGUGGUGUAAUGGUGCUGUCACCUGCUCCGAAAGCAUCCUCCUCCCUCCCUGCUCCCUCCUUCUCUCUCUUUCUCUCUCUCUCUCUACCCCCACCACAGAUGGAAACAGGUCCCCACAGAGGAUGCCAGCAUAUCAUUGGCUGGGCUAUCACAAGAGUGGAUGGAAGCAGGAGCGGGUGUGUGAGAGAGAGAGAAAGAGAGGGAGAGAAAGCUCCAGAGCACUACUCUGCCACAGCAUCCUGACAGAGUGCUGAGCUGACGGAUGAAAGAGGUGUGGACACAUGCCCUGUCUUUUUUUUUUCUUGUCUUGUAGAUCAGGUUCCUGGUCCACUUAUAAAUGGAAAACAGAGGUGAUAUAGAGCAUAACUUCUUCCACGCUGCUGCUGGAAGGAGCUCUCUGAGUAAGAGGAGCAGACAAUCAACAACUGGGCUGAUGGAUCAGAAGCUGUCUGGAUCUCAUCGUCAUCAGGACCAGAUCCCUCCUUGCUGACUUUUGCCGGUGAUUGCUACUCUUAAUUUCUCACCUAAACCUUUUCAGUGGUGGAUUGAGUUAUUCCAGGCUUCCCCAGGCUGCUCUGCUGUCUUUGCGAGAAGCUUCGCUUGGAGACAGGUAGUUGAGUUUACUGUAAAUGUGUGUCCAAGUGACUGGACUGCCACCCCUUAAAAGUCUCCUCCUGCCCCUGUUGAGUGCCCCUGGAAGCCACCUGCUCCAAUUUUGGGAUGGUGUGACGCCAAGCCAGUGGUUGGCUGCCCCACAUCUGGGCCAAGAUGCCAGUGAUGAAGGGCCUCCUGGCCCCCCAGAACACCUUUCUGGACACCAUAGCUACACGCUUCGAUGGCACCCACAGUAAUUUCCUGCUGGGUAACGCCCAGGGCCACCGCGGCUACCCCAUCGUCUACUGCUCGGACGGCUUCUGUGAACUGACGGGCUUCACAAGGACGGAGGUGAUGCAGAAGAACUGUAGCUGCCACUUCCUGUACGGCGCAGACACCAGCGAGCACGUGGCCCAGCUGAUGGAGAAGGCUCUGGAGGGCCGACAGGAGUACCAGACCGAGGUGCACUUCUACAAGAAGAACGGUACGGCCUUCUGGUGUCUGCUGGACAUCGUGCCCAUCAAGAACGAGAAGGGCGAAAUGGUCCUCUUCCUCUUCUCCUUCAAGGACAUCACAGACACGUAUGGAAAAGGCCACCACAACAGCAAGAGAGAAGUUUCAGACGACAAGAAGUGCCGGAGGAAGAGCAGCUCUCACUUCAGCCAGGCCAGGAAGCGAGGACGCACCAUGUUGUACCAUCUCACCCACCAGUUUUCGAGGGGAGGCAAAGGAGAGGUCAAUCUGGGAGGCGGCAUGAUUGACAAACCCUCAAUACCGGAGUACAAGGUGGCAGCAGUGCAGAAGUCACGCUUCAUUCUGCUCCACUACAGUGUGUCCAAAGCCCUGUGGGACUGGCUCAUUCUGCUGGCGACCUUCUACGUGGCCGUCACCGUGCCGUACAAUGUCAGCUUCACGCCAUACGACGACACGGUCACAGCUGCGCGCUCCACCAUCGUGAGCGACAUAGCGGUGGAAAUGCUCUUCAUCAUAGACAUUAUCCUGAACUUCCGCACCACCUAUGUGAGCCAGUCAGGCCAGGUCAUGUAUGAUGCACGAUCCAUUUGCAUUCACUAUGCCACCACCUGGUUCUUCGUGGACCUGGUCGCUGCCCUGCCCUUUGACCUGCUGUAUGCCUUCAACAUCACGGUGACCUCCUUGGUCCACCUGCUGAAGACGGUGCGCCUGCUCCGCCUCCUUCGUCUGCUUCAGAAACUGGACCGCUACUCUCAGUACAGCGCCAUGGUGCUAACCUUGCUGAUGUCUGUGUUCGCCCUGCUGGCGCACUGGAUGGCCUGCAUCUGGUACAUGAUUGGACGCAAGGAGAUAGAGACCAGUGAGAGCUGGGACAUCGGGUGGCUCCAUGAGCUGGGCAAACGCCUGGAGACGCCCUACAUCAACAGCACGGUGGGCGGCCCGACGGUGCGCAGCUCCUACAUCGCUGCCCUCUACUUCACCCUCAGCAGUCUGACCAGUGUGGGCUUUGGCAACGUCUGUGCCAACACGGACGCUGAGAAGAUCUUCUCCAUCUGCACCAUGCUCAUUGGCGCUCUGAUGCACGCCCUUGUGUUUGGUAACGUGACGGCCAUCAUCCAGCGCAUGUACUCGCGUCGUUCCCUCUACCACACGCGUAUGAAGGACCUGAAGGACUUCAUCCGCGUGCAUCGUCUGCCCCAGCAGCUCAAACAACGCAUGCUGGAGUACUUCCAGACAACAUGGUCUGUCAACAAUGGCAUAGACGCCAACGAGCUCCUGCACGACUUCCCUGACGAGCUGCGUGCAGACAUCGCCAUGCAUCUGAAUAAGGACAUUCUCCAGCUGCCUGUGUUUAAGGGGGCCAGCCGCGGCUGCCUGCGUUCACUCUCCCUACACAUAAAAACCUCCUUCUGCGUCCCUGGGGAGUACCUGAUCCGUCAGGGUGAUGCGCUGCAUGCCAGUUAUUUUGUCUGCUCUGGGUCUCUGGAGGUCCUGAAAGACAACAUGGUGCUGGCCAUACUAGGAAAAGGAGACCUGAUCGGCUCCGACUUGCCUAAAAUGGAGCAGGUGAUCAAGACUAAUGCUGAUGUGAAGGCGUUGACCUACUGCGACCUGCAGUACAUCAGUGUGCGAGGCCUCAGAGAGGUUCUUGAACUUUACCCUGAAUACGCCAGCGUGUUCGCCUCGGACAUCCACAACAACCUCACAUAUAACCUGCGUGAGGGCAGCCAGGACGAGGGUCUCAACAGAUUUUCAAGGUCACCCAGACUCUCACAUGAGUCCAAGCUCCCCUCUAUUGUGGAAACCAAGGGCGACGACUCGGACGACUCCUUCCAUCUCUCUCCAGGCACGCGCUCCCGCCGCAACCUCCUGCUGCCAAACUUGAGCAGCCCUGUCCGCCGCACGUCCCUGGGGAACCUCCUGGGAGACGAGUUGCGGCAGUUCAACGCCUUGCGACGCUGCCGCUCCCCGAAUCUGAGCCGUGGCUUCCGUGGGCAAAGCUUAUCCCCUCUGCCAACAACGAAACGUGAGCACAGCACCCCUGCGUCAGCUCCCAGCCUGGCUUCAGUUCGGCCAGAGCCGGACAAUGAGCAGAAGCCUUCAAAGCUGCUUAUACCAACUGUCACCUGCUACGGACCCCCAGACCUUAGUCCAAGGGUUGUAGACGGUAUCGAAGACAAUGGGCACACGUUCCAUUUCAACAUGGAGCACAGCGGGCGUAAGGCCAGCACGGGAGGCAGCGUCCAAGACUCCACGCAGCCAAAUGCCGCUCUGCUAAUAGAGACAGAGGAGGUCAAGCAGAGUAUCAGUCAGCUCAACCAGAAGAUGGGCUCCUUAAACCAGGAAGUAUCUGAGCUCACCAAGGGCCUACACCACAUGAUGCAUCUCCUUCAGACUUACAUGUCCGUGCAGCACUACAGUGUCCCCCUCCCCUCAUACCCAAACAGUGUACACAUGGUGGCAGGUCAUCUAACAGACCCCAACACUGGCAUGUCAUGCAAUCUAGCAUCAGCCUACCACUUCCACAAUGAACCUGGCAGCCAUGAAGGCCACAGCCACCAAAGUGUCUCAACCGCUGGCCACUGGAGCUGCAGUGGAACAGCCGAAACAGAGAUUCACCAUCAUCCUCAACCCUCUCGUCCACCCCUCUCUAUAAACCCUGAACCCAAGUUAGACUCAGGUCAUGGCUCUGAGAGCAUGACCCCACAUUUGUGGACCACUUCAUCUCUUCUCAGCGUCAGCUCAGGCUUCCAGGGUGGAAGUCCAGGCCUUUUACCUGACACUGAGCACAAAGACUCUGGCAACAGACCUCUCGGUACUCACCCGCCUACCAUCAGCCUGUCCCAGCCCACUUUGUGCCUGCAGCCUCCAAGUGAUAGUAAUGAACAUUCCAGUCAUUUGUCCAGCGCCACUGUGAGUGCGUCCACACACAGCCUGCUGGUCCCAUCACUGAGCUCUAACCCUCAUCACUGCCUGCCUUCAGAGUCCCAUCUCAGCUUAUCUCAAACCUCGCACGAGGACCUCUGCGGACAGAUGUCCACGCCAUCUUCUCUCAAUCUGCUCCAAGACGCGUCCAUCUUUCAAAUGGAGGACUCUUACCCUUCUAUCCACCCUGUCUCUGCCUCUCUGCCCACACUGCCCAGCCACCCUCUUGGACCCUCACUGGAUUUGGGGUCACCACGAACAGAUGAGCCCCCUCUCCCUCUGCAUGACCAAACUCCCAUCAAACAUAGGAGUUUGGAGUGCCUACUGGGGAACGGGGGAUCGAUGGAGAGCAGGGACAGUGAAAGUGUGUCAUCGCGGAGGUCCAGCAUCGGCGUCCAGACACAGAGCACAGAACAGUCGUGGUGUCUGGACCUCACAGAUUAAACUGUGUUUCGGAGGCAGACUCGUGGAUUUCACUGCCACUGGAAACAAAAAGCCGCGGAUGUUUCAAUGCAAAUUCGUACAGUGUUUAUAAAGACGUGUCGUAUUUCCCUCUUUUAAUUCCUGGGCUCUAAUAUUUUGUCAAUAUUUACAUCAUUUCUAUGCAAAAGCAUGUCAUUUUUGUGCGUUAUCUUGGCUUUUUCUGAAGUGUGUCUUUAAGGAAAGAAAAAAAAAAAAACUCCACAAUUGUGGGUUGUAGAAAAUAUUGUUUUCCGACGUGCUCAGAGUCAUUUGCAGUUGAUAAUACCCGUUACCUCCUUGCAUGGUAAAGUUGUUUAUUCUUUUCCUAAGGAAAAUGUUUCCAAAAAUCAAUGUGCGAACAUCUUCAGUCUGUGAAAAGCUGUUGACUGUGCACACAGAUACUGUAUUUAUAUAAGGCAAAUAGGUCCAAGCGCUUGGAUGAUUUCAUUUAAAAAAGAAAAAGAAAAAGGUCACAUGCUUCAGUAGAGUGUGUGCAUCACAGCAUAGACUGUGUAUUGUUUCAAAUUGUAUGUCUCUCCUCAGUUUAUCACUUUUGUAUUUGCAAAUUCAUAAAUAUGGUUUAUGAAAAUCUGAUGUCCAAACCAAACAAAGCCGCACAUAGAGAUAUCCUCAGUCUUUUGCAAAUAUACCAAGUUUUUCCCCCGUCACUGUAUGAAAUAUGAGGUUUAUUUGGUUUUCAGUGAAAAAUACCUUAAGACUGAUUUUCUUUCUUAAGGUUUUAUAGAGAUGAUGUCGUCUCUGCUGAAUGAAACAUAAUUAAAUAUGCACAUAUAGUGAGUCCAAUGAUAUAUUUAAGACUGUUAAUUAAAAAAAAAAAAAGAUAAAAUAGAUUAACUCAUGGUACUCGUAAAAUAUUCCGAGUAGCUCAGGAAUUAUGCUGAUUGACUGCUUGAUUGAUUGAUUAAUUCUGAUAUUUUGAAUAGUAUUCUCCUUGGCUGACAAAAUAAAAGUAUACAGACAA